AUGUCUAGUCCGUCCGUAAACUCGUACUGGAUUGAGGAACGUUGUCGCAAGGUCACGCUGGCAUUAAUGAAGGGUUUUCCUCGUAUGGGCUCUGGAGCGUGGACACAGGCCGCCCCAGACCUUCGCUGUGCCUUUUCUUCCCUGUUAGGCGCCUCUGGUUUUUGCACCGUUCCCUCUAGCUGUUCUGGCUUGGCCUUGGCCGAAAGGCAGAGCAGUCAGACGUGCUGGGACCGCAGGAGCUGCCAGCAAGCAGUUAAUCAAGUGCCUACGUUUCUUUCACAGGACUCUGCCACCACCAUACCAAUGGAUGAAUCCCUGCAGUUUAACUCCUCCCUCCAGAACAUUCUCCAUGGCAUGGAUGACCUCAUUGGAGGCGGGCACAGUAUUCUGGAGGGACUGAGAUCCCAGAGACUGACCUUGAAGGGGACUCAGAAGAAGAUCCUGGACAUUGCCAACAUGCUGGGCUUGUCCAACACGGUGAUGCGGCUCAUUGAGAAGCGGGUUUUCCAGGACAAGUACUUCAUGAUCGGGGGGAUGGUCGUCACCUGUGUGGUCAUGUUCCUCGUGGUGCAGUACCUGACGUGAGCCGGCCAAGCCCAGCAGCUGAAUGGCGUCCCAGUGCAUGAGCGUGUGUGAGUGUGUGUGCGUGAAAGUGGGAGGGCUGCCCAGAGGCUCCCUUUUGAAAUGUGUGUCCCUUGUAACUGUGAAGGCCACUCCGAAGUCAAUGAGAUCUGUAACCUCGUGGGA